AUGAGCCAAUAUGUUUAUGGCCAUGGGGCACCCCAUACUGGAUAUCAAACCUCGCAGCCACACCUCUACUCCUCACAUCAGCCAUAUAGCCAACCGAACGGGGUCGCAGAAAGCCAGCCUUCCUACGGACAAGGAGCUGCUGAAGCAUAUGAAUACAACCAGACAACUAUACCUGGCUUAGGCAUGGGCUUCACUCAUAGCGCCGCAACUUGGCAACAUCCAACCCCCCAGAGCUUUCCUGAAACCCACGCCGAUCCCAGUGCUUCUGUUGCGCAUUGGCAGACUAGUCGAGCUAGUGAAAAUACUGGACCGGAGUGUUCGACAUCGCCCAAUCGACAACCCAACUUGGAAGUGAACAAGACAAUGGAAGAAGGUGAGCUGAGCGAAGGCGAACUCGAGGACAUUUACGAGCCCGCCGAAAUGGAGACCAACACGUUUUAUCGGCGCGGCGUCCAACAGCCGGGGUCAAUUGACCAAAACAACAGGCCACAGUUGCCUAUGGGGAAUUUGGGAAUCAACCAUGAACGAACAUGGAACUCGAAACAAUCCGGACGAGAGCGUUCUGGCUCUUACUCACCUUACCUCUCGCCUCGUGAGAUACAGUCGAGUGGCCUUGACAACGAUGCAUCAAAUGCCCAAACCCCACAAACUAGCUUUUAUGAUCACAACAAGAGUAUACUCAUGAAUAACGAUGACAACAGUGAUAUGCCCUGCCGGAGCAGAACCAAAGAUGGAGUCGCAAUCAUUUCUGAAUCGAAGAAGCAUGCGCAAGAUGCGAUCCUUCGUCUCUGGCCACUCAACGUUCGUUAUCAAAAUUAUAUCGAAGAAGGGGUCGACCGGGCCAUCCUUGAUCAGCUCUUUACAGAAUUGGGCCUUGAACUAGGCUCUACCAUUCCACGCGCGGAACAACCGAGAUUGCCGACGUUGUCACAAGUAAAUACGCCCCAAAGUGAUGCACUCAGCACAGUUACUUCUCCAGAACAAGCAACUCCCCUUGUUGUUGCCCCAGAGCCGAAGGCCGCCGAUUCAGCGAAAGACAAAUCAGAAGAACGGAAAGAUCGAAUUGCACGCUUAUUAGCUGCGAAAGGUUCCAAACCAAUAGUGGCGGAUACAGACUCGAACAAGAUUGGCGCAUCGGCGUCAACUUCAAAGAAUGUCCCAACUACCACGAAACAUGACAAGACAAAGACCCCAUCAGAGAAGUCAAAAUUGAUACAACAAAGGAUGGAAGCAUUGAUGAAAGCACGAGAAGCAAAUGCAAAGACUCCUCAGGCUUCUACGCCCCCAGUAUCUUCAGUAUUCCAACCUGUGCCUGACACGAGUAGGUCAAAUAGUCAGGCCCUGGUUGAUCAGAUGAACCUCGACGAACACAUCGACGCUGCUGCAGAGACAACAGACCCAUCUGCAAGACCCCCAAUUCCUGGUCUGUUUUUGUCUUCCAACGCAUCUUCUCCCGUCCCUAAUCAGCGCAAACGACCUGUUGCAGCUGAUUUAAACGAAAACUCCGCCCCCGCUAUCCAAAAACGUCCCUUCGGCCAGACUCGAGAAUCUCGUCCAUUCUUGAUUGAUGUUAGUGACGAUGAAGAUGACGCCGAGAUGGAGAUAGACUCUCCUGAACUGCGCCCGUCAGCAGUGCAGCGGCCAGUAACGCCUGGCUCAAGAGCAGUGUCCUUUCGCGACACCACGUCCUUACCUGAUAGUACAUCUCGCAGUGCUGGUGGCAUGAUCGACUUGGCAAGUAUGAACAAGAAGAUUGAGGACAUGAAGAGAAAAAUUGCUGAGGCCGAGGCUCGUAAGAAGAAGUCAAAGCAAUUAGGCAGCGGCUCGCCUUUGCCCCAGUCUGAAACGCAAUCAAAAGAAGGCAGUGUGGAUGUUGCUAUCCCCCUUACCCCUCCAGUGCGGGUAUGUAACGCACAACAACCUAGCAUCUUAUCUGAUGCCGUUACCCAACCCCCUAAAGUUAGGGGGCAACGUCUGCAGGCCAGGCCUUCGUUGCGUGCGCGUGUUGCUAGCGAACGCCUGCCUAUCAUAGCAGCACAAAGAAAGGAGUUCCAGGAACAACUUGAAUAUUUUCAAUCCGAAGUUGCUAGAAUCGAAAAGGAAAUUGAAAACAAACGGGUUGAGGAGGAGCGACUUCAGAGAGAUGCUAUACAGACCGAGUCAGCACUGUCCCCAAUUUCAACAAGUCAGGAUGAGCCUGAAUCGGGGCUUCGUCUGGAAAACCCACCAGUUGAUCAGUCAUCGCAAGUAUCAGUCUCGCAUGAUGUCCCGCUCCCUGCAGAAACCGACGAAAUGAACGAUUACGAUGACGAGGUUGGACAAGAUGCGCCGAUGGAUGGAUCUGCAUACAUUGCAUCAGCUGGCAGUCGUAGAUCGAGUUCGCCUGAACAAGGCGAAUCGCAAACACACCAAGAACCCCUUGUCGAGUAUGAAACAGCCGGUGCACGCUCGCCGCUGCCAACACAUCCACCAGUGGUACAUGAUAUCGAUGCAUGUGUUGAACCUACGACUGAUACUGACGAGCCCGAAGAAGAUGUGGCCAUGGAUGAGGCUGACACUUCUAGUGAAGAAGAGAGUUCUGAUGAAGAUGAGUCAGAUGGAUAUGAGCCGACUGAUGCCGGCGUCAGUCUGCCAGACUCUCACUCACCUCUCCAACGCCAACUAUCACCUCAGCAAGUCUCGGAUGACAGUACAGUAUUGGAGACAAGUGAUACUGAUUUACAAGGCUUGGUGACAGCCACACCAGUUACUAAGCCCAUAUCAACAGGUUCUGGUGACACAGAAUCUGAAUCUAACCGAGAAACGGAAACCCAAAAGACUUCAGAAGCCAUUAAUAGUCCUGGAACAACAUUCGUCCCAUACGAAACGCCUCUUCGGCACUUCAAAGCAUAUCGCUUUCAUCCUCAGUAUAGCGAUUCUGUUGCCGGGGGUCUCCGCUCCCUCACCUACAGCAACAGUAUUGACGUAACACGGGAAGUAUGCCCUGACCAGCUUACCCACGGAGUUUGUCCUAGGGGCAGCGAGUGCCAAUUCCAGCAUUUCGAGGACAUGCAACUUCCGGAUGACCAAAUUAUUGUUCAACUUGGGGCCUCCGGCAAUCCAGAGGUGGAGCAUCAGGACCAGUAUGUUGCUGGACUUCGCGAAUUACUCAGAGAUUUUCGCAACCGCAAGGUGAAAGACUUCGAGGCCAUCAGCCAGGGCCUCAUCGAGUAUCGCGCCAAAUUUCUCCACGAUAAGACGAAGAUACUCCCCCUGAGUGGCGUCACCCUAUGA